AAGGGAUAGAACCCACUGCUGCCAGCUGUGUCCGGCUGCUGCAGCUGCUGCUCCAGCUGUGGCCUCUGGCAGAAACUUUUCUGCAUCCUCCUCCCCCUCCAACUGGGGGUAGGGAAGGAAGAAAGAAGAGCCCCCCUCCUCUCAAACUCUGAGAGAGAGGUGGGGGGAGGUGCUAAGCAGGCCCGGGGCCAGCAUGGAACGAGCUGGGCCCCCCCACUGGCCUGGAAUUGGGUCCCUCUGUGUCCUACUCAGCGCAGGGGCUGCCUGGGCAACCCCUGCACCCCAGUGGGAACAGAACCAUGAGCCGGGGCUGGAAGGUCCAUUGUUUGAGAGCAAAGUAACUCUGCUGUUGGCUGAGGAGAAAGAGAAGCCCAUAUGCUUCACACAGAGAUUGGAGGAUCUGGUCUGCUUCUGGGAAGAGAUGGCCAGCUUGGGAUCCAGGAACUACAGUUUCUUCUACCAGUUAGAGCAGGAUUUUUGGAAACCCUGCAUGCUGAAGGUUGUCUGGACGGGAAGGGGCACCAUUCGCUACACUUGCCCGUUCCCCCUGUCUGAUGCCUCCAGCUUCAUCCCACUAGAGCUGAAGGUCACAGCCACCCCCAACGGCACAGAGCUCCAUCGGACCAUCUACAUCAAUGAAGUAGUGUUUCUGGACCCACCCUCUGGCUUAACAGUGGAGCAGAUGGAGACCCCCAGCCAGGUGUCCCUUCACUGGCUCCCACCCCCCAUGGCCCAUGUGACCAAGGACAUCCACUACGAGGUCAAGUACUCAGAAGCAGCUGGCACCAUGGAACAGAGGGUGGACAUCCAGGAAGGCAGGACAGAUUGUGUAAUUGCCAACCUCCGUGGGCACACUCACUAUACCUUUACUGUUAGGGCAAAGAUGGCAGAGCCCAGCUACAGUGGCUACUGGAGCUCCUGGUCCCAGCCAGUCACAGUGUUGAUAGCUAGCGAACUGGACCCUCUGAUCCUGAGCAUGUCUGUGAUACUCACUAUCAUUCUGCUCUUGCUAAUCAUCUUGGGUCUCCUCUCCCAGCGCAGGUUUCUGAAACAGAUGUUUUGGCCAGGCAUCCCUAGUCCAGAGCAUGGGUUUGAGGGCCUCUUCACCAUCCACAGAGGCAAUUUCCAGCUGUGGCUGGGACAGAGCAAUGCCUGCUUGUGGUGGGGGCCACUUGGCGCUCACCUGGAGGAGCCACCGGCCAAGCUGGAAGUACUCUCUGAGCGCCACUGGGUGGCCCCUGCUGAGCCAGCCCGGGAGGAGGAGCCCCUGCUGGUGCCAGAGGCCAGCCAGCUGGCCCAGGGAGCCCAGGACGACUACCUCGUGCUGGACACAAGGAUGCUGCCCCACAGUCCAGUGGCUGGGCCGCUGGAGCUGGGCCCCUGCAGCCUUCAGGGCUCAGGCAGCAGGGAAAACAAGGUCCUGGAAACUGAGGGGGACCCAGUUGUGGAAACAGAUGCCAAGUCUGUUUCCUCUCCCACGGCCUCAAUCUCAGCCCUAGAGCCUGAGCAGGAAGAACAGGUGUCGGCCUCCAACUUUGAAUAUACCAUCCUGGAUCCCAGUUCUCAACUGCUGUGUCCUCGAGCCUCCCCACCCUCCCCACCCCCUAGGCCCCCUGACCUUAAGUAUCUCUAUCUUAUGGUGUCAGACUCUGGCAUCUCAGCCGACUGCAGCUCUGCGGGCUCCCAAGGGGCCCCUGGCAGUUCACCUGAGGGCCCCUACACCAACCUCUAUGAGAACAGCCUUCUCCAGCCCAGCCCAGAGCCUCUGCCCCCAAGCUAUGUGGCUUGUUCCUAGUGGGCAGCCUCAGGACCAAGGCUGGCAGCUCUCCUAGGUGCAGCUGCAGGAAGGGAGGAGGAAGGGGGCAUGCUUCCUUCUCCUUCCUUCCUCAUUCCUCCCAGAGGGCCAUGGGGGGCAGGGACAUGGGAGGAAGGAGGUUGGCACAGCUGCAGGGCACCAUGGCCUCUGAGGACUAGGGGUGGGGGGACGGGGGAAAUCACUGCCCAGCAGGCCCUGCUUUGCCCUUUUAUAUAUAUUUUUGUAAUAAAUUUAUUUUCUUUCCAUGGGAGUCACAUCUUCUGAAGAAAAAGGUGAAAAGAGGACUUGACUGUAAAUGGGAGGGAGGCUGGAGAAUCAUGAAGGCCAGGUGUCUCCAGGAGGGAGGACAGAACAGCCAGGGGAGGGGGUACUGAGGAAGUAACAUGGGGUCCCUUCCUUUCUCUGGGACUUGGUUUUCUCCUCUGUGAAAUCAGGGUAAUGGGCAGGAUGGUGAUCUCAGGUACCUUCCAGGGCAGAAUGUUAUGAUCCUAGAAGUGGGGAUGAAUGAGGCUGGAGGGACAGUAUCAGGCCC